AUGAAGACAGCGGCAGCCACGCCCCCCUGGCCCACAGUGCAUCUCGUGCAGGUGGAAGCAUACGCAGACAACAGGAGGGUCUCUCCAAUAGCGAAGUGUCAACUAAAUCAGUUCAAGUGUCAGCUUAGAAGGAUGAAGUUGUCAGCAGCACUUUUGCUUGGCGUGGCAACCCUCGUCAGCUGCGCCCCACAAGAGUUCACUCCGGAGGCCGAAGUCGUCGAACCCGUUUCGACCAGGGGCGGCGAUGCAGGAGACGGCGACUACGACACGGACUACUACGACCCUGACUACAGCCUCGGAUUUGGCCCUGGCUCUCGCUUCCCUCCUCGCAGAUUUAUCUUCUUUAACCUCACCCCUAGUACUGACCAGAAACCGGAAAGCCUCCAUAGCAUCUUCCGCAGGCUCUUCACCUCCUUAUUCUCCGGCCCCGGCGGCGAGGACGACCAGACAGCUAGCGACGACGGCUUCCCGUUCCCGGCCUUCGACAGCCCCAAACCCGACGACUACCCCGACAACUACGCCAACGAGACACACCACGUCCACGACAUCAACGGAACCCGCGUCGAAGUCAACCGGACCAUCACCAAGAAAACCGGCGACUUCGGCACCUUCUUCCACAACUUGCAGGUGGUCAGGUUCGUGCCCGAUUGGGACGACGACGGCGACGCGGGCACGGGGGGUCAGGACGAUACUGUGAUCGAGGAGGAGCCCCAGGAGGUGCCCCAGGAGGACCCCGCCAAGAACCAGGAACCCCACGUCCGUCGCCGCCGCUGGCUGGCCAACUUCGCUCGCUCCUUCCUCGGCGACCUCCUCCUGCGCAACUACCCCGCUGAGGCCCCGAAGAAGAAGCUGGAGAAGGAGUUUGGGGAGCUGGAGGAGCUGGGGGAGAUGCGCGCCCCUCGCCUCAGCUACGAAGGGGACACAGACGUCAACUUCAGGACGUCCAACCUUCGUGACGAGCCCGACGCGCAAGACUUCAGGGCGAUGUCCAUGCGGAGGGACCCCAAGCGCUGAAACUGAGAUUGGGGGAUGAGUUGCACAAAAAGGAGGCUUUAAUUAGCAACAUGAUACAAAAUAAGUUUAAUAAUGAGUAACUUAUUAUAUAGUGAUUUUUUUUUUUUUUUUUUUUUUAGAACUACAAACCCAUUUAAAGAUGAGGAAAUUCCUGAACAGAUUAUGAUAGCUUAACAUAAAAUAACUAGAAACUAAUGAGAAUUUAAUAUCAAUGAAAAUACGUAACAACUCACUAACAACCCUAUUAUAAAGAAUAUAUGAUCCUCAUAUUACA